AUGCGUCAUCUAUGGAAUAUAAUAACAGACAAAUUUAAAGACACAGCAACUAAUAAAUUUCAUAUUGAUAUGCGUCAUUUUGAUAAAGAAGAAAUGAUUCUUUUUCCUGAGAUAGCAUAUCAAUCAUUAAAUAAUGAUAGUAUAUGGAAAAUAGUAACACAUGGUUGGCGAUAUGAAGGUAAUAGAAGAAAAAAUUGGAUUGGAAUUAGUACAAGUCUAUGGAUAGAACGAAUUGCUAAACAUAUGUUGAAUGAAAAUGAUAUAUUAUAUCUUAAUGGAUCAAUUAAUCGUGAUCGAUUGAAACCAUUUUUUGUUGAGGAUGAAUCAAAUGAACAGAUAAAAAUUAAAAUCAAUGACAAAAUAUUUCCAUUUCGAACAGAUAGAUACGGACAAUUUAAUGAAGAAAUUGAAAUAACAAAUGAUGAAAUACAAAAAUUAAAACAACAACAACAAAGAAAUGAUUUUAUAACAUAUGACGCUAUUGGUGAUAAUCAAGAUACAGCAAAAGGAAUUAUGCAACUUAUUGAACCACGUAAAGGUAUUUCUAUUAUUAGUGAUGUUGAUGAUACAAUUAAAAUAUCUGAAGUAUUGGAUAAAGUACGAUUAAUUGCAAAUACUUUCAUAUUUCCAUUCAAACCUGUACCAGGCAUGGCUGAAUUAUAUCAAAAAUGGCAUAUAAACAAUAAUAAUUGUACCUUUCAUUAUUUAUCAGGUAUGCCCGAUCAAUUAUAUACAUUAACCCAUGAAUUUAUUUAUAACAAUAAAUUUCCUGAUGGAUCAUUUCAUAUGAGACAUUUUGGUUGGGCAGCGUCAUCUAUUUUUGGUUUUCUUCAUUCAGAAUCAACAUUUAUUCAUAAAAUAACUUAUUUACGAUAUUUUCUUAUAAAUACAAUUCGUGAUUAUGUAUUAGUUGGUGAUAGUGGAGAAAGAGAUCCAGAAAUUUAUGCAACAAUUGCAAAAGAAUAUCCAGAACGUGUACGAGCUAUUUUUAUUCGAGCAAUUAAAGGUGAAACUUUUGAUGAUGAACGUUUUCUAAAUACUUUUAAAGAAAUACCACGAGAAAAAUGGCAAAUAUUCAAUGAUCCACAACAAGUACCUAUCGAUUUAUCACGGGCACCAAGAGCUGCAGCGGCUUAG